UAAGCUAUCAAGUUGGAUGUUAGGGAUAUCCUAGUCCCGCCUUGCAAGCCUCCUUGGCUUGUCGCUGCUGCUGCGGCUGCUUCUCUGCUCUCUUUUCUUUGCCCCUGCUCCCUUGCCCACGCCGUCGCCUUUGCAUCGCAUCCUUGCUUCUUUCUUCGUCCGUGGAGAAAAGCCCGGAUCUUUUCAGUACACGCGUGCGUGCAAACUAGUACUCCGUAUAUCUCGAUCGCAACCUCAUGGCGUGAGAAAAAGCUCGCGGCUUUUCCUUGCAUCGGCUAGCUAAUUUGCAGGCCGCACGGCGUUCUCCUCCUCCUCAUCCUCCUCCCAGUGCUAGCUCCAACGAUCUGGAGGCUGCAUGUUACGCAAAGCUUUGUUUCGAUAUAGGGGUUUGUUGAAACGAUAGAGGAUGGCGGAUCACUUCGCGCUGAUGGCUGGUCGGCUGCUCACGGAGUCGACGCUGCAGUCAGCCGUGCAGGAGGCUCUCGCUGUCGCCUCCGUGAAGAUAGUUCAUGAUCAGCCUGAUCUUCCCGUUCAUGAAGAUGUUCAGGAUGGAAAGGCGAAGAGCGGUGUCAUGGUGGAAUGCAGAAUCUGCCAGGAGGAAGGUGACGAGUCCUACAUGGAGACCCCUUGCUGCUGCAAGGGCAGCCUCAAGUACGCACACCACGCAUGCAUCCAAAGGUGGUGCAAUGAGAAGGGAGACACAGUAUGCGAGAUAUGCUUACAGCAAUUCACGCCAAACUACACUGCCCCUUUAAAGUUGUUUCGGCAUGGAAGGAACCUAAUUAGUUUCAGGAGAUCUGGAGAAAGAUCAGAUAAUAUUGAUACUGAUCGCAGUCAAGAACACUUUGCGCAAACCUCAGAUCAAGCUGCCGGUACAUCCAGUUUUGACUCUCAGAAUUCCAGCCCAAAAGGUGUCUUCUAUUGCCGUGUAGUCGCAAUAUCUCUGAUGGCCUUGUUGGUGCUCCGUGAUGCGAUCUCACUUAUCCUCGGCGAUCCUGAGGUCUACUCGAUAGCACUGUUCACUCUUUUGAUGAUUAGAACAGCUGGAAUUGUCAUACCAAUAUACAUCAUCUUGGUAUCAGUUACCACAUUGCUUCAUCGAUACAGGCAACAUCAGGUCUGUUACCACAUUGCUUCAUCGAUACAGGCAACAUCAGGCAGUGCACGAGGCAACGGAUUCAGAACCUGGAGGAGGAGAGGGCUUGCGGCCGAUGCCACCUCCACAGCAUGUUAUCAGCAUCCAGUAGAAAUCUGCAAGGAGAUAAGUAAUCAGGCUCUGUAAAUAACUGAUAUAUGACCCAUCAGCUCAGUAGGAGUCGUUGAAUGAAAAGUCCAUAGUAGGAUAUGAAAAAAAAAUCAGUGGUUGUACAGCGAUUUGAUAGUAUUCUUGUACAUACGAAUUUUAGACAUAGCCACUCAACUUCACCGACCAUGAAGAUGCGAAGUGAAGAUUAAGUGGGCUUGAUGUGUAUAUUACAUGACAAGUUGGAAAUUGGAGUGGAAUGCACAUGUUUUCCUA